AUGGCCCUAAGCAACAAUGUCAUCGGUUGCAUCAACUUCGUGGCCAUGCUCCUCUCCAUCCCAAUCAUCGGUGCAGGAAUCUGGCUAGCAUCCGAGCAAGACAACUCAUGCGUAAAAAUCCUCCAAUGGCCGGUCAUCAUUCUAGGAAUUCUUAUCUUAGUCGUGGCCCUAGCGGGCUUCGUGGGCGGGUUUUGGCGAAUUCCAUGGCUCCUUGUGGUGUACCUUGUUGCCAUGCUAGUUCUCAUAAUCUUACUUGCAUGUUUGGUGGUUUUUAUUUACAUGGUCACCAUUAAGGGUUCGGGACACCUUGAACCGAACCGGGCUUACUUGGAAUACCAUCUUGAUGACUUCUCAGGGUGGCUUCGAAGGAGGGUACAGAGUAAUUAUAAGUGGGAUCGGAUUAGAAGUUGCUUGAGCUCUACAAGUAUGUGUGCUGAGUUGAAUCAGAGUUAUCGUAUGGCUGAAGAUUUUUUUAAUGCACAUCUCACCCCCUUACAGUCAGGAUGUUGUAAGCCACCAACACUAUGUGGGUACACAUUUGUGAACCCUACAUAUUGGAUCAGCCCCAUAGACAAUGCAGCAGACAUGGAUUGCUUGAAUUGGAACAACGAUCAGACCCAACUCUGCUACUCAUGCAACUCAUGCAAAGCAGGGUUACUUGCUAAUCUCAGGAAGGAAUGGAGAAGAGCUGAUAUCAUUAUGAUCAUCACUCUUGUUGCUCUCAUUAUUGUGUAUUUGAUUGGUUGUUGUGCCUUUAGGAAUGCUAAAACUGAAGAUCUCUUUCGCAAAUACAAGCAAGGCUAUACAUGAGUGAGUGAGUGAGUGAAUGAGUGAGAUUGAGUGAUGGUGUUUUAUGACUUUGUACAACAAGAUGUUUUUCGUGUUUUCGUGUUUGGUUAUUGAAUGGGCGAUUGUGUCUGAUUGAGGGUAGAAAUUAGGAUUUCUUUUACGCGGAUAACAUUUGAUCA